AUGGCGACCGAGAAGGACGUCUCCCAGACGACCGAAGUCAUCGAAAAUGCGCCUCAGACGCAAGAGCGUGAGAGACAGCGGGCAGCCGAGUUUGAGGCUCCUAUGCAACAUCUUCAAGAGCUCAACGAGGCUGAGCACGUCAACCUGAGUUGGCGAUCAUGGCUCGUCGUCUUUGUCACCUGUUUUGCCAUCAUGGCUCAGGUCUUCGUCGUCGUGGCUGCCGGAUCUGUCAUUGCCUUUAUCAUUCGAGAUCUGGGCGAUGCACCAAUCGCUGGCUGGAUCAUCCAGGGGCCAUUGCUCAUGCAGAGCGUGCUGUCUCCCAUUGUCGGUCGUCUAAGUGAUGUCCUGGAUCGAAAAUGGCUGGCUUCAAUACCACCACUGAUCGCUUUCGGAGGUGCGGUCAUGUCAGCCAAAGCAACAUCAAUGUCCAUGCUCAUUGGGGGUGGUAUUCUGAUUGGUGUGACUUUGAGCACCAUUGCAAUUGUUCAAGCGAUUCCCAGCGAGGUCCUGCCGCUCAAAUACAGAGCCCUCGCCAAUGGAUUCGCCUUCCUUGGAGGUGCAGUGGGUGGACUCGUCGGGAUUCUCGGCUCAGGUGGUGUCACCAACCAAAGCCCGUCAGGCUGGCGAGACAUCUUCUGGAUGCAAGCGGCCUUCCACUUAGCUACGUUUGUCGGGCUCGUCCUCUUCUACCAUCCUACUCGACGAUCCGACUACCCUAAGAUGACGUUGAAACAAUACAUCUGGGCGAUCGACCCCAUCGGAUCAUUUGUGUUCAUCGUGGCUUGUACAUUACUUUUGCUGGCUUUGGACUGGGCAGGUGGAGCCUACGCAUGGUCAGACGUCCAUGUUGCUGCUCCGCUGGGCAUUGGGCUCGGAUUCUUGGCUGUAUUUUGCGUUUAUGAAUGGAAAGGCCGGUCCGAUGGCAUUGUUGCUCACGUCUUCUUCAAGGGCUCGCCCAAUUUCGCCCUCUCGGUAUUUGCCUUUGCUGUUGAGGGAUGGAUCUUCUACAGCGCAGUCAACAGUGUCACACCUCAAAUCGUCCUCAAUCUCGGAUUCCAGACCAAUGCGUGGAAGAUUUCCAUCCGACAACUGUCUUACAACCUCGUGACAUUGUUCACAUCCAUCCCGUUAACGCUGUACGCUACCAAGUACAAGGAUUUGAAGUCCCCACUAAUUGCGACAUUCAUCAUUUUCCUCGUCGUCUGCAUCUGCUAUGCUGUCAUCACACCCAACAUGAACAAUGCUCAAAUUGGCUUCAAUGUUCUGUCCGGCAUUGGUCAAUCCGGUCCUUUGACACUCAUCGUCGCCUUGAUCCAAUUCACCGCCCCCCAUGCUUUCCUCUCCACGGCAACUGGUCUUGGGUUUUCUGCCCGCGCGAUCGGAGGAGCAUUUGGCUCGGCGGUGCUCGACGCCAUCAUCAACGGCAAACUCAAAUCCUAUGCGACCGAUGUCGGCAAUGCCGCAGUCGGAGCCGGCUUGCCCAAGUCAUCCGUGCCUGCCCUUAUAACAGCUCUCUCUGCAGGCACUGGCCUCUCUACGGUUCCGGGAAUGAACGAGACCAUUCAGGCCGCUACACUAGACGCCAGCCAUUCGGCAUAUGCUCACGCAUAUAGACUUGCAUGGGCGAGUAUCAUCCCCUUUGUUGUCCUGGCCUUGGCCGGCAUUUGGUUCCUCAAGGGCGUGAAGGAGUUGAUGACGGAGAAGGUUGAGGCAACUGUGGAACAUGUAACCACAGAGGAUAAAAUCAAGGCUAGCGAGGCUUGA